UACGAUUUUUUUUGUGAAUUUCAGGUACGUACCCCACACCCUUCACAGUGCCCUGCUCGGCUUGGUGCUUCACAGUUCACAAGUCGCUUGAGACGAGACGCCGUGCAAACCAACGACGUCUAUUGUCCCCCCGAAAAACAGAAACUAGAAAUAGUUUUCCUUCUUUUUGUUUGAGUUUCGUCAUUGAGUCAGCCCUUCAUUUCUUCUAGGGUUUUCAUCGUUUGGCCAGAGCUACCACGUGGUUUGGUCACGUUAUGGCGUCGAUACAUUCGAACGGUAAAGACCCCGGCUAUCGUUAUUCAGCAUGUGAGGAGUCGUACGACUCGUCUGGCAGUGAAUCCGAGAACGACUCUGGCUGCUCUCAUUUUUACCGUCAAACAGCAAAAGUUCGUUUCACUCGAACAACGUCCAAGAUUCAACAUCAUAUGGAAACUAGUGCAGCUGCUGACGAAGGAAAGCAACAAUUAUUCGGAUGUCUCCGGCGCAGCAGCAGCACCAGUCAAAUGUCGCAAUACUUGGAAAGCAGCCGUGCUAUUAAGGGUGAGAGAGCAACUUCGGGCAUCCGGCGCAGCCCUGAAUCCGAAAAAAGACAACAAGAAUUGGAGAAAGUUCGUCGAGAAGUUAAGCGAAUGGAUCAAUUACAACAACUGGAGCAGCUACAGCCGCGCGUUGAAGAACGCCAUCGCCCUAGUCCACCCAACGUCAAUUCCCCGUUUAUUUCUCCGAGUCCCAUUCCAUCACCACAAUUUGUCCGACCGAAUUCACUUCCGGAUUCUUGGAUCACUCAGUUGUCCUCAUUUACUGAAUCACCACUGAACGAACGGGUCUCUCCGGGAUCCCCCUCUUCUUCCGGCAAUUCAUUCUGCUGUUGGGACUGGUGUGUGAACGACCAAACUUCCUGGCCGCCACACGUUGACUUGGAGCCGUUUACUGGCAAUCCAAUGGACUGGCCUUCUUUUAUUCAACGCUUCAAGACGUGGAUUCAUGACGCCAUGCCCAACGAUACGCUGCGAAUGAUUUACUUGGAGGAGCUUCUUUCGCCAGAACUAAGGCAAAAAUACUCGUCACACUUUAAUUUUCCGGGCCGCUACCGCAAGUUACUCGCUCAUCUCAGAAAUCACUAUGGGCAUCCUUCGCUAGUGGUCCGCUCGUGCUUUGAAGGGCUUAGGCAAUUGACUCCGUUGGACUCGGACAUUUCCAAGACGUCCCUCAGCGACUUAUCUGGUAGAGUACAGACAAUUUUGGCAAUUUUGAAGACGGUAGGAUGCGAGGAAGAAAUUCGUACCUUCUCGGCGCUUGAACUCUCUGGUUUAGUUUGCAAGUUGUCUGAAGAUUUGCGUGACGAGUGGAAUGCUCACAUCAAAGAAAAGCAGUCUUUAGUCCCCCUGCCAAAUCUCGGUGAAUUUGCCACUUGGCUGCAAGAACGAGCUGCCGAAACUACCUGGAGGAGGUGAUGAUGAACCAUUCUGCCUAGCGUUGAUCAACACAUAAAUGCAAGCUCUUCUCUUGUUGGGCGCCCGCGUUCCAUCAAUAAUGUAGUGCCAUGUGACUUGAUUGUAACAGUAGACCAUUACUGUGAUAACUGAUAAUACAUUGUUUAUUUGACAGAG